AUGACGCGUAAGUGUCUCGAGACCAUCCUCCAGCCUAUCCAAACGACUUCGGCGGUCGGGAGAGGAGGUAGUGGCGCGGAUGCGGACGCGGUGUCGAUCCGUGACGAACAGGCCUCCAAAACCCGGUCAGCUCGUAACGCGAGCAUGUCGGGCGGACUAUCGAGGCCCGCGAUGACCGCGUGGACGUUCGCCGGAAGCUUCUGGAGCCGGAGAUCAGUGAGCUGGCGAGUGUUUCCAGAACGCUGGAAGACGGACGUUCGCGAUGGCGGAUGCGAUCGGAUGAUCACGUCGAGUUCACCAAUUUGGCGGGUUACACCGAAACACGAGGUUUAA